UUUAUUUUGGAAGCCCCACUUUCAACAGUACAGUUCUUUGCCUGUGUGGUCACAUUUGUCUAUACAUUUGUAUGCCUUGGGCAGAUUAUAAGUUUGUGGCAAUAUCUGGUCUCAUCUCCAGAACUAUGUGUACUGUCUGCCUCUAGAAUAUUAGUUAUUCGGCUUGUAACAUUCCACUUGUCACAACAGGAAAAAUGAAAUCAGAGGUUUCUGGAUGUGUGUGUGUGUGUGUCUGUGUGUGUGUGUGUGUCUCUGUGUGUGUGUGUGUGUGUGGUUGGGUAAGCUCUGGGGCCUAGGCUCUGGACAGCAUAACAGGUUUGAAUGCAGAUCCAGCCCUCCUGAUUGAAAAAAGUGAGCCAGGGAACCCUUUAUCUGGGUGCUUAGCUUCUGUUGUCCUGGGCACACAAUUCCAAGUUUCUGAAGCUGAAGAAGAUCCAAAUAUGUAGAAUUCAGAAAGUGUCCUUACAGGGCUGGGGUAGUACAGGGCACAGCCUGAGUUCAUAUAAUCCUAAACCUCGAUGUUCAUUGGGUUCUAAGUUCCUGGGGCCAGCCCCUACUUCAGGCCAAAUCCAUUUUAUGAAAACUUGAAGAUAAAGGAGAAAGAGGUCAUGUCAUUACUGCACAACUUAGACCCAAAGAACAUUGAACAUCGUGAGAAAUUUCAGGAGCUCAAGAAGGAGAUUAACUUCUAUCGCAACCUGCACAGCCGGCUCCUGAUGGACCAGGCAUGUAUGAAGAAGAAGUUGGUCACAUUGAAGCAGGAGAGCAAGGAGUUACAGCGAUAUUUGUUUGAGUUGAACCCGAAUAAUGAAGACGAACAGGAGAAGACCAGCAACCUCCAGACCCAGCAAAAUGUGGUCUCAGGAACUACAGGAGACAUGGCAUAGGACGGAUCCCAGGAAGACAGCCCCCUGAGGAAUGAGUUUCUCUCUCAGGAGUUCCCUGUGACGACAAUCCUCACAGUCAAAGACUUUUUGGGGGAAUAUUAUUCUUCUCAGAUAAUUUUCUCAAUGUAUAGAGACCCUAAAUUUAUGUAUCCGUAUGCCAGCCUGUCUCAUUGAGGUAUUUCUCCUUUCUCAUACCGAAAACACCAUUUGAGAGACAACUGAGGGGACUGCCUUGACAUCUCACAUCCUAGAGGAGAAACAGCACUACAACUGUGUUUCUAAAUGUUCAUUAAGAAAAUGCUGUAAGAAAUGUUUUUGGUUAUGAUUUUCAUUGAAGUUUUCUUUUUGUUAUUUCAUAGUUAUAUAUUCUUGUUACUGUUUUUCAUUUUUAUACCAUUUUAGUUGUUCAUUUUA